UCUUCUGCUCUCCCUUUAUCUUCAACUUCAACACCACCGUUAUCCGUCGUACCAUGCGAGGAGAAGUUAUGUGGCCAAGAUUGGUAGCGAGUAAGCUACUAAGGAAGACACUGGGAUCCAACAACUUCGUCACCGAUUUCCCAGAAAACACGAUUUCUUUUCUUGAUCUUCCAUCGACGUUGGAUCUCGAACCUCUCCCCAGUCCUAAGAUCAUCUUCACAGAUCAUCAUGAUACACAAAAGUUCAAGGUCUUCGUAAGUACAUGGAACGUUGGUGGUGUUACACCUACCGAGGAUUUGAAUAUUGAUGAUUUGUUGGAUACAUGCAACAAUUCGUGCGAUAUUUAUGUACUCGGGUUUCAAGAAGUGGUUCCUCUAAGAGCAUCAAAUGUUCUUGGAUCCGAAAAGAAGAAAAUAUCGAUGAAAUGGAAUUCGUUGAUCAGGAAAACCCUAAACAAGAAAUCACACAACGAAUACUACAACAACGGUAACUUGAGAGAGAAGCAACGAAAUUCCUUUCAUGCAACAAAAGGCAACAGAUCAAAUAUUGAGAGUAGCAUGAUCCAACACGAGUUUCGGUGUCUCAUCAGCAAACAAAUGGUUGGGAUACUGAUAUCGGUUUGGGUUCGCAGUGAUCUUCAUCCGUUUUUUCGAAACCCUAAUGUGUCUUGCGUAGGUUGUGGCAUCAUCGGGUGCCUAGGAAACAAGGGCUCGGUUUCAGUUCGGUUUCAUUUCCACGAGACAAGCUUUUGCUUUAUAUGUGGUCAUCUCGCAUCGGGAGGGAGAGAAGGAGACGAGAGAAACCGAAACUCGAAUGCCUCAGAGAUAUUGUCGCGGACAACGUUUCCCACAACCAUGGGACCUUCACUUGAUCUCCCCAAAAUGAUUCUCGACCAUGAUCGGGUUGUUUUCCUCGGAGACCUAAAUUACCGGAUUUCCUUGCCGGAAAGGGAGACACGGUUACUAGUAAAUAGGAAGGAUUGGAAUACGCUCCUCGAAAACGAUCAGCUUCGAAUGGAACUGAUGGAUGGUCAAGCAUUUGAAUCUUGGCAUGAAGGAACCAUCAAUUUCGCUCCUACCUACAAAUACCAUCCCAAUUGUGAUGAAUAUUAUGGUUGUGGUCAUCUUGCUACCAGAGCCAAAAAGAAACGUGCUCCUGCAUGGUGCGAUAGGAUAAUUUGGACGGGCGAGGGAUUAAAGCAACUUCUGUACACAAGAAGCGAAAUCCGACUAUCUGAUCACAGACCGGUGAAGGCUAUGUUUUGUACUGAAGUUAAAGUUUCACGGAUGAGGUACCAAAGCUUUUGUUUAUCAGAGAGGUUCGGAUGUCCAACGAAAACUAGUAAUUUAGAGUUCCAUUCGGACGAUGAAUACUCAAGUAAUUCCGGCCGCUUAAGCUUCCAUAGUGUUAAAAACAAAAUGACCACACCAUGAGACUUGUUUGCUUUAACUAUAUAUGCUAAUUGUUGUUCAUGUUUUUCAGCCAAAAAAUGUCGACAUCAUCUCUGUUUCAUUGGAUAUAUAUAUAUAUAUAUAUAUAUGUAAGUACAAACACAAGAGAUUGUAUAGUAGCACCUAUUUUUGUACCAUAAAUAUUUGAGAUUUGUUGUUUCUGUCCA